AUGGCGUCGGCCGAUGUUGGACCAGCGAGGAAGUAUCGAUCCCGAAAGCAAAAACCCUGCGACAAUUGCCGUCGCCGACGAGUAUGCUGUGUCAGAGAUGCUGAGGGUGACUGUGCUCUAUGUAGCAGGCGAUCCAUUCCAUGUACAUUCAGCUCAGAGCCAUCCGCGCGCAAACGGAAGGUAAAGCCAGUUGAAACUCCCACGGCAAAUUCUGCAACCCAGUCUACAGGACCAUCCAGUGGGCCAAUACAGGAGAACACGGGGCUGCGACCAAGUGGCCGCGCAGAUGAGCCUCCGAGGAGCGGAGUCAACAUUGGUGAAGGGAAAUAUAUUGGCCUAAGUGGGACGGACGAUGUGUACUUUGCCCUUGAGCGAGAUCAGGCAAUUGGAAACGACCCAGCACGGGAGGCAUACUUCAGGGAGCGGGCAUCCUCGUCGACAUCUGCAUUCUCCGAAACAUCCAAUAAUCAUGCUCGGCCUAUUGAUCCGGACGCAGCAGUGGUGCAAUCAAUCUUUUUCGAACAGUCCCAUCCAGCAUAUCCACUGUUAGAUGAAAGCCGAGCAAAGAAGCAUAAUUCUCGGCUGCUGACCAACGCAAUCGCCAUUAUUUCCAAAUAUACCUCCCCUGAAUUGCAAGGACUGGACAAUAAUGUUCUGAUUGAAGGGUUUUCUGCCUUAUUACUGCUUGAAGCGAGAUCUCCGACCCUUGAGACUGUAGAAGCCGCUAUUCUGUUCACUCAAAGAGCACUACGAGGCAAAAUGAGCACGAGUGCCCCGGGGAUGUGGGCUGUGAUUGGCACCAUUGUUGGUAUCUGUCAUGAUCUUGGCCUCAAUAUCGAUUGCUCAGCCUGGAGCAUUCCGGAAGCUGUUAAAAGGCGCAGAAAACGUCUGUGGUGGUCAAUGUAUAUGCAAGACAAAUGGUUUGCGAUGGCACUUGGACGGCCAUCAUACAUCAGGGACAGUAACACAACAACACCCAUGCUAUCGGCAAUUGAUUUUGAGGGUACAGCAGCGAGUAGCGAUGGCCCUGAUGGCGAACCUGUGAAGCGGCCGGAGCUUAUUACUGGUAUUCAUUGCUUCGUUGCCAUGGCUGAAUUGACCGUGAUCUUGGACGAGAUCCUCUCGAUUUUCUUUACCCUCAGUUCCGUUGUACAGCUCAGAACAGUUACCGGUGAACAUAUCAUUGAUGUUUCUGAUCGAAUCGAGCAGAAACUUGUAAACUGGCGCGCCACAUACCUGGAUCACAUCCUCGUUCAGCGAUUCUUUCCUGACGUGACAGGCAGCCUGGAAAUCGCCUUCUACACUGUUAGAAUCAUGCUGCUACGGGGUAUAUUUCCAAAGCUAUAUCGAAGAAACCUUUCUCUAGAUCGCCAAUUUGAGCUCGCUGUCGAGUGUACUUCGAGCAUGAUCACCUUGGUAGAGACACUGCAGAUCAACAGGCUGAGUACUUUCUGGUGGUCGUGCUCAGGAUUCAACCUCGCACUUGCUGGCACUUUCAUGGCCAGCUUGAAACGCCUUUCCACUGAUGAUACACGCGUAAGGUACUGGGACGGCCGAUUUAAAUACUAUCGGAAGCUGCUCUCGGCGUAUGGGACUAGCUUCUGGCCCGCCAAGUUUGCAGCGACGGCACUCGAUCACAUGGCCAAGAAUUUGACAAAAACGACUGGUGAUGAUGUGAACUCGGAGAUGGGUGACGGGCCGUCCAUAUUCACUUCACCCUCAACACCCUGGUCGGGAGUUUCGUAUGAUUUCUUCCCGCACAAUCUGACGAGCCUGAACGGGAUCGACUUCGACGCCGGUUGGUGGAUGGAAGAUAACGGCCAAUGGUCAGCGGAUGUGGCAAGUGCUGCUGCAUAA